GAAGAAAGCCUGGCAUCCGAAGCAUUGCACAAUCUUUCGUCUGAAACGCAUUCUUUUUUUUUUCUCCCACGCACCCACAACAGAAGCGAAACAAAGUUGUUCUUCGCUGCGAUCAGAUCGCUCAAAUUUUGGAACCCUAAUCUGCUACAUUUGGUUUUGAACCUCCAAAACACUCUCUGCAAAUCGAAUCCUCUUCCUCACGUCGAUCAUCUCGUCGACUCGUUCAUUAACCCUAAACAUUUGUGGUUAUACAUGGCCAUCACUGGUAACCAUUCCCCUCGUCAUUCCUCCGAUAACCUCCAAUCGCGUCGCACCACGCGCCUCUCCCACUCUCCGUCGUGGAACCAGGUUGUUCGCGGCGAAUCGGAGCCUGUUGCUGCGGUUCCUUCUUCUUCUGCUGCUUCUUCGCUGCUGUCUCAGUCGGUGGAAACUUUUCCCUCCGCCGCCGCACCGGGGGAUGAUUCUAGCUCCGCCUUGGAGAGUUCCGACGACGGCGGCGGGAACAAUGGUGGCAGUGCUAAGAGGCCUGCUUGGAACAGGCUUUCCUCUAGUGGCGCAGUAGCUUUGGAGGUUCGGCCAGUGAUGGACGCGCUGUCUUGGCCGGCGUUGUCGGAGUCCACCCGAGCUGCUAUGAAAUCGGAAUCGUCGAAGGGUUUGGUAGAUGGAUCUUCUGUGCCGCAAUCGCAGGGUUUGGGAAGCACGUCUUCUUCCUCAUCACAGAGAGAAGUCAGUGAUAAUGCAAGUACAAACAGUGCAGUGCCAACUUGCCAGAAAUCUUUCAAACAUCAUGGCUCGAAUGCGUCUUUUAAUGGUGGCCACACACAACAGUCUGCCUCACAAGUUUCAGUGGCUGCAACUGAGUUCCACAAUUCCUCUCCAAAGGACCAUACACAAAGAAGUGGAUUUGUGUCCAAUGAUCAUCCUCAGCCACGUAGUUCGUUUAGAAAUCGUAAUGGCGGCCCACACCAGCGAGGAGAUGGUGCUCACCAUCAUAACUAUGUGAACAGGCGUAAUCAGGACUGGAAUACUAAUCAAAGUUUCAACAAUAGAGAUACGCAUGUGCCACCGAGAGUUGUUCCAAGAUUUAUACGGCCACCUCCACCUCCUAAUUCAGCUCAAUUUUUUCACCCACCACCGGUGCGGUCUUUUGGUGGCCCCAUCGGAUUCCAUGAACUAGCAUCUCCACUGGUGUUUGUUGCAGCUCCACCUCCACCCCCGGAUUCACUAAGAGGUGUCCCUUUUGUACCUGCCAUGCCUCACCAUACCCUGUUCUUUACAGGUCCAGACCCUCAGUUGCACAGUAAGAUCGUCCACCAGAUUGACUACUAUUUUAGUAAUGAGAAUUUAAUUAAAGAUACAUUCUUGCGGCAGAACAUGGAUGACCAGGGCUGGGUUCCAAUAAAAUUAAUUGCAGGCUUCAACAAAGUUGUGCAUUUGACUGACAAUAUCCAGCUUAUAUUAGAUGCUGUCAGGACAUCAUCUGUUGUUGAAGUGCAGGGUGACAAAAUAAGGAGACGAAAUGAUUGGAGCAAAUGGAUCAUGCAUCCUGUUCUUCCUAAUGCUACAAACCUUGGAGUGUUGAAUCCUGACAUGCUGGCAGAACAAGUACACAAUAUUGCUCUGGAGACAACUAACUAUGAUGGUGCAGGAGCACUAGAUGUUCUACCAGAUACUUCACAACAUAGAUCUGCAUUUGGGGAUUUGAGUAGUCCAUUGCAGCUUUCCACUAGUGAGGGUACUGGUCAAGUUGGUAUGGAAGGCUCAGAUCACUCAAUUUCAGCGAGAAAUUAGAGCUGUAGAUGUGCUUAGCGCUUUGUUUGUUUUGGAGAGCUCUAAAAGGGACAAGGGAAGCAGGUAUCCAAAGAAUGAUCUCAGUUUUUGCAUAUGGCACAAUGGGAAAUGAUUUCUCUCAGGCAUAUUUAGGAUCACGUGAUUGAGAAAUGGGAGGAAAAUACCUAUUAUAAACCAGAAGAAAGGACCAAAUGGUAACUCCCCACCCCCUCCCAAAAGUACAGAAAAGGCUCUUUUUUUUUAUUUUAAGUUUUUCUUUUUUGGUUGUGGAAUUAGAUGCAGGACUCUUGUGAUGACUCUCUUUAUGGGUAUAAUGUACUCUUACGGGGGAUGUUUUGCUUCAAUAUGAGGGAAUUUUGCCUUUGUUUCCCGACCGACCCUCAGCUGUUUUUUAAAAUCUUUGGGGUCAGCUUCUCACCAAUUUUAGGAGCAUUAUAUUUGUUCAUGGGUGUUGAAUGUGUUUGAUAGCUACCUGCUUCGACUAAGGGAAGAGCAUUGUAGCUUUCUGCUGCUGCUGGAGCUUUGUCCCACAGCUUUAAAGAAUGAUUGCUUGAUGUCACUUGCUAUAAUAUGCGGUCACGUCGUAUCUGGAAUGACAUUGAUGUUUAUUUUUUCAUCUGUUAAAACUCACAAAAGCUCCGAAGCCGUAAGUGGUCCCUGUGGGGUUAUUAAGUAAUAGACUUUGAUCGUCCGCGUUACAGCUGUGUAAGGUGGAUAUUUGCAUGGAACCAGAAGCUAUAUUUUAUUAUUUCAUAACGCCAGCCCUUCAUGUUCCCC